AUGUCGUCUUACGGCUCGAGAUUGCCUGCGGCGGCUCGCGGCAUUCUUUCUCCAUGUCGCAUUCCAAUCCGUGAGAGCUCAAUUGCUCCGCUUGUCUCGACCUUCCAGCAAGUUCGAGGUCUCAAGACCAACUCGCGUGCAAAGGGUAAGGGAAAGGACAAGCCGGUCAAGCAAGAUCGAAGAGGCCAAAAGGAUUUUAUUCAGAGGAAUUUGAAGGAUAUGCAACAAUUUGCUCUCUGCGAUGCGAUGCGAUACCUUCGAGCAGCCGAAGUCGGCCACGAUCCCUCCAGAGUGAAGUACGAAUUGCACGUUCGCCUGCGGUCGAAGAAGGACGGGCCGGUCAUCCGCAACCUCAUCCGAUUCCCUAACGCGGUCCAGACGGAAGCCCGCAUCUGCGUCAUCUGUCCCCCAGGAUCGAAACAUGCAAAAGAUUCUCUUGCUGCUGGAGCGGUCCUUGUGGGCGAGCAAGAAGUUUUCGAUGCGGUCAAGGAGGGAAAGAUUGAAUUUGACCGUUGCCUUGCUCACCCGGACAGUCUGCCAGCACUGAACAAGGCUGCAUUGGGACGCAUUUUGGGUCCUCGGGGCUUGAUGCCAAGCGUCAAGACUGGUACUGUGGUGGAAGACGUGGGAGCGCGAGUUGACAUGCUGCGUGGCGGUACCGUGUAUCGAGAGCGCGACGCCGUCAUACGGCUUCCGAUCGGGCAAUUGGCAUUUUCUCCGGAGCAGCUGCGUGACAACAUGCGCACGACUAUGGACCAGAUCAAGAAGGAUGCUGCUGCACUCAACCACCAGGUUAUCAAGGAAAUUUAUGAAGUGGUCCUGAGCUCGACAAAUGGCCCCGGAUUCUCUCUUAAUGGGGAAUUCCGAACUGAAACCUCCCCCGAAACCUCUGCCCUGACUGGCCUGUAA